AGGCUGAACACAAUUUUUUGAUCUGCACUCUUAUUUCACAAACACAAUAUACAACUCUCUUUAGGCAAGGAAAAGGUGGUGGGGUAGAGCUUUCUUUACAAGAGUGCAGUACUUGUAAAGAUACAACAAGGAGGUUGGGCUGUUGUAUCCUGGGGGCGGCGUGACCAUAAAAAUCUGCUGCACCAGUGGCACGAAACGUCCUAAAGAGAGUGAUUGAUCCACGCCUCAGCUCAAGCUCCUCAUACUUUCGUUUUAUCGUUUUAUCACUAUGGAUAAAACAUGGAUAAACUCGAAAGAAACCUCAAAUCCAGAUUACAUAGAAGGAAUUUUGAAUUUUGUAAAUUUUACAUUUGAGAAAUCUGCAAAAGCUGGGAAAAUAUUGUGCCUUUGUAGGAGAUGUGCAAACUUAAUUUGGUGUAGUAAAGAAGAGGUUGUUGAUCAUUUAGUAGAAAAGGGUUUUCUUAGAAAUUAUAACUGGACUUCUCAUGAGAAGGAUUCUGCAGUAGUGAAUUCUAGUGAAAAUCGAAAUGAAGAGGAAAUAGCUUUUAAUCAUGAUAUGAGAGGGUUGCUACAAGAUGCUUUUGAAGGGGUUGAUAUGGAAGAUAGCAUCCCCAAUGAGGUUGUAGAUAGUUUCAAUUCUGGAAGGGAGGGUUCAAACCAAGAACCUUCCAUGUCUGGAAAUGAUAUGGAUGGCUUUUUUAAUUUGUUGAAGGAUGCUGGGCAGAAACUAUACCCCAAUUGUGAAGAGAAUAAGUUAGUUGCUGUUGUGCAUUUAUUUCACCUAAAAUGCUUAAAUGGGUGGAGUAAUAAGUCUUUCACUCAAUUAUUAGAGUACUUGAGCUUCUUGCUACCAGAAGGGAAUGUGUUACCUAAGUCUUAUAGUGAAACCAAGAAAAUCAUUAGAAGUUUAGGCUUAAGUUAUGAGAAAAUACAUGCUUACCCUAAUGAUUGCAUGCUAUUUUGGAAAGAUAAAGCUAAUGAUGAUUUCUAUUCCGAGUGUGGUGUUUUGAGGUGGAUUGUUAACACAAAUAUUGAAGAAGAUUCCAUAGAUUACACAAUGAAAAAGAAAAAGCCAAAAGCUGCUAAGAUCUUACGAUGGUUCCCUUUAAUCCCAAGAUUACAGCGGCUGUACAUGUCUUCAAAAACUGCUUCUCUUAUAAGAUGGCAUGAUGAAGAAGGGACUAAGGAUAGACUUAUUCGCCAUCCUGUAGAUAGUUUAGCUUGGAAACAUUUUGAUGAAAAAUAUCCAGACUUUGUUGUUGAUCCUCAAAAUCUGAGAUUGGGUCUAGCUUCUGAUGGAUUUAAUCCAUUCAAGUCAAUGAAUGUCACAUAUAGCACCUGGCCUGUUAUACUAAUUCCAUACAACCUGCCUCCUUGGUUAUGUAUGAAGCAACCUAAUUUGAUACUGUCACUGUUGAUUCCUGGUCCAAAAAGUCCUGGAAACAAAAUUGAUAUCUACAUGCAGCCACUCAUUGAAGAGUUACAACAACUAUGGGAUGCUGGGAUUGAAACUUUUGAUGCUUCUAAAGGGGAAAGAUUCCAAUUGAGAGCUGCAUUAUUGUGGACCAUCAAUGACUCUCCAGCUCGAGCAAUGCUGUCCGGGUGGAGUACUAGGGGGGAAAAGGCUUGUCCAUGCUAUGGUUAUAACACAGAAUCUAUGUGGUUAUAUCAUAGUAGGAAAUAUUGUUAUAUGGGCCAUCGGAGAUGGUUAGAUCAAAGGCACAGUUAUCGACAUGAUAAAAAAUCUUUUGAUGGAAAUAAGGAGCUUCGAAUGCUACCUGGUCGAAUAUUCGGAUCAUAAAUUUUGAGUCAUACAGAUGAUGUGAAUAUAAUGGAAGGGGAGUCAAGUCAGCCUUUGAAAAAGAUUAGUAUUUUCUUCACUCUUCCUUAUUGGCAGCACAAUCUACUUCCCCAUAAUAUUGAUAUGAUGCACACUAAGAAAAAUGUCUUUGAUAA